AUGUCUGCCCCCGCCCGUCUCCAAGCCAUCUCUUCCCAACUUGCCUUGACGCCAAAAGGUCUGUUGGCGGGUGAAGUUGCCAUCAUCACCGGUGUACGUUCAUCAUUCGUAGAGUCGAAAGCCCGGCUCGGCCGGCUCACUCGCAUUUCACCGUCGUCGUCGCUCCUUCAUCGCCGGUGCUUCGGCUGACCCAGAACACUCCACUCGCUCGAUUGGACCUCAUCUCACUCAGGCUGCCCAAGGUAUCGGUCGAUCAUGCGCCCUUUUGUUCGCUAAAGAAGGCGCCAAGGUCGUUGUUGCCGAUUUGGACGAGAGUACGUUACACCGGCGUGCCCAAUGGCUUCGACUCUAGCGUGCGCGCGCGCAGACCUAGCCCCGCAUGUCAUUGAUUCGAGACUAAUCUCUUCCUCUGCUGCUCUGCGGCCUUACAGAGAAAGCUCAGAUUGUCGUGGAUGAGAUCAAGAAAGCCGGCGGUGAAGCCAUUGCCGUCGGAGGCGAUGUUACGGCCCAGGACUACCCCAAGCAGCUCAUCAAGGCCACCGUCGAGUGAGUCUCGCGAAGGCUCCGUUGCCAAGCUCCUCGGGAAACUGAGGUCCCUCUCGGUCUUAACGUGGGGUACGCUCGCCUAACACCGACUUCCUCUCUUUGCUGAACGCGCUUUACAGCAAGUACGGAGGCUUGAAUCACAUCGUCAACAACGCCGGCUUCACGUUCGACAAGAUGCUCCAUACCAUGAACGACGACACUUUUGAGCUCAUGCUCAAGGUCAAUUCUUCCGUCGCCGCCAUCUCCAUUUUGAAUAAGUAUGCUGACCCUCACGUUCCGUUCAUUGCAUGUUAGGUCCACAACACGGCACCUUUCCGAUUGAUCCGUGAGGCGGCUCCCUACCUCCGAGUCAAGGACCCGAAGCUGUUGGCAACGAACCGAUCGAUCGUCAACGUUUCUUCCACUUCGUGAGUCUCGACAGGAUGCCAAGCCACCUGUGUGGGAACAACAUCGCUCACCUUCACCUACCCUGUAAUCCAAUUACAGCGGUCUUCACGGUAAUGUCGGCCAAGCCAACUACGCCGUUGCCAAAGCCGGUGUGGUCGGGUUGACCAAGACGAUCGCCAAGGAGUGGGGUGAGUUACUUCUCUCUUUUCGUUUCAGAACGGGACACUGACAUGAUCUAUCCUGAUUUCCAACCAGGUGCCUUCAACGUCCGCUGCAACACCGUCGCGUUCGGAUACAUCAAGUCUCGAUUGACUGGUAUGUCUUACCGUUUCGAGUCUCCACUCUGUCUCCCGCAACGACUGACCUCUGAUGCUCUUCGGGGACCUACUUUCAGCCGCCAAGGAGUUGGGCGAGUUCAUCGAGGUCAACGGCCAAAAAGUCGCGCUCGGUAUCCCGGGUCAGGGCAAGGGCAAGCAGACCGAUUCGGACCGACUUCCCGAUAGUAAGUCCCCAAAACCGUUCCCUUGAGUCACUCCCUUCACAGAUCGGAAAGCUCAUUACCUCGCGAUCGCCUCCCUACUUUAGUCCCCUUGGGUCGACCUGGAGAACCCGAAGAGGCGGCGAGCGCGGUCUUGUUCUUGUGCAGUCCCUUGGCGAGCUACGUUUCGGGUCACACGCUCGAGGUCAGUUUUCGUAGUGGCGAUGAACAUCGUCUCGUUUUCGAAGGGGGAUGCGUGUUGAUGAUGUCUGAUCCUUGCUUUUGUUCUAGGUCACCGGUGGCCGAGGUAUCUAA